UUUGGUUCAAUCAAGACGUACAAUCAGCUAUGAAGGUCAUCGUUCUCGUCGCCGCCCUCAUUGGAGCCGCUUGUGCCGGAGAUCUCCACGGAUACGGAGGUGGUCUCAGUCUCGGCCACGGACACGUCUCCCACGCUAGCAUCGCCAAGGUGUCGUACGUGAAAACUCCCGUCAUCUCGACCACCUACGUGAAACAGCCCGUCGUCUCCUACAUCUCUAAACCGGUGAAAUCCAUCUCGUACGUCUCGAAACCCGUCGUCUCCAUCCACAGCGCUCCCAUCAUCUCCCAUAGCUACGGUGGCCACGGUCUCGGACUCGGAGGUUACGGCAGCGGUCACGGAUGGUGAAGAUUUUGCAACCCGUUUUGUAGAGAUUGUAAAUAAAAAUUCGU